UCAAAUUUUGUCUACCUCCACACGUUGCUACUUCAAAAUCAAGCCUAAUGGAUAGGUCUUCACAUCUCUACCUCCUCAUUACAUUACUCUUUCUACUUCAUUGGUUAAUUGAUUAUAGCUCAGCCAACUCAGAUAUGAAUAUUGAUCGUUCGGCACUUAUUGCUACAAGAUCUCGAAUCUCUUUCGAUCCCCAUAACAUAUUGAACAAAAAUUGGAGCAGUGAGAGCAAUAUCUGUAGUUGGAUCGGAGUAACUUGUGAUUCUCGUUAUCACAAAGUGACUCAGUUGAAUAUAUCGUCCAUGGGUCUUGUAGGAACCAUUCCACCAGUUGAAUAUAUCGGAAAUCUUUCUUUUCUUGUGUCUUUAGAUUUGAGCCAGAACUUUUUUCAUGGUCCUAUUCCCACAUCUAUUUUCAACAUGUCCACUUUAGAAGUUUUGGAUUUGAGGAAUAACAGUUUGUCUAGUAGUUUACCAUUUGAUAUGUGUAAACACAAUCUGCAUAGGGGAAAUACCAUCAAGUUUGGAUCACUGUUCACAACUUAAGUAUCUGUCUUUAUACAGCAACAACCUCAGUGGACACGUGCCAAUACAGAUUGGAAACUUGACAUUGCUUCAACAAUUAAUGUUGGGUAGCAACAAUUUAAGUGGUAAUAUUCCAAAAGAGAUUGGUGCUCUUACUAAUCUACAAAAUUUGGAAUUGGGUUUCAACAACUUUAGUGGCCAUGUGCCAAGAGGAAUUUGGAACUUGACAAUGCUUCAAUGGUUAAGCGCUAACAACAACAAGUUAAGUGGAAAUAUUCCAAAAGAGAUUGAUGCUCGUAUUAAUUUACAAACUUUGGCCAUGGGUUUCAACUACUUUAGUGGCCACUUGCCAAGAGAAAUUGGGAACCUGACAAUGCUUCAAGCGUUGGAAUUUAGUAAAAACAUGUUAAGUGGAAAUGUUCCAAAUGAGAUUGGUGCUCUUACUAAUUUACAAAGUGUGGGCAUGAGUUUCAACAACUUACGUGCCAAAGGAAAUCUGGAACUUGACAUUACCUCGAUGGUAGUAUUCCAAAAGAGGUUGGUGCUCUUACUAAUCUACAAUCUUUGAGCAUGAGUAAUAAUAACUUUAAUGGCCACGUGCCAAGAGAAAUUGGGAACUUGAAAAUGCUUGAUAGGUUGGAACUUAGUAACAACAUGUUGACUGGUCCGAUACCAUCCACCGUUGUGAAUCAAUCAUGGCAGGGUUUUUUAGGACUUGGCCACAACAGUAUCAGUGGAAAACUUUCACCAUCCAUUUGCAAGUUGAGGUCCCUCUAUUUACCAAACAAUUAUUUGGAAGGAGCAAUUCCAGAUUGGCAUUCCUCUAUUUGAAUGACAAUAAAUUUACUGGCUUUAUCCCAUCAACAUUCACACAGUCUUCAAUCAAUCAAUCUAAAUGGGAACAAGUUGAAAGGGACAGUACCCCCGACUCUAGUCAACUGUCAGCCUCUGCAGGGCAUUGACAUUGGCAAUAAUGAAAUACGAGGUGCGUUUCCCUUUUGGAUGGAAACACUCCCUGAACUUCGCAUCCUUGUCCUAAAGUCAAAUAAGUUCAAUGGUACUAUAAGCAUUGAGCAGUCGUUUCCAAAGUUGCAAGUUUUGGAUGUAUCGCAUAAUGCACUUGUUGGCUCUCUACCUGAUAGAUAUUUCAAGAACUUUCGAGGUAUGAUAGAUGCCAAGGAAAAUCAGACCUAUGACGAGGGCAAUAUGUUUCCAGAAUUUAUAGACUUGAAGGUCACAUUGAAAGGAUUGGAUCAGUUAUUGCAGCAACUAUUGGAUACCUUUACGACUAUCGACUUAUCCUCCAACAAAUUCUCUGGGAGCAUUCCACCUUCUCUAGGGAAUCUUAACUCUCUUAGAUACUUGAAUUUGUCUCACAAUAUCCUCACGGGACAUAUAACACCAUUGCUUGGAGGUAUGAGUUUGCUCGAGUCGAUGGACUUGUCUUCAAACAAACUGAAUGGAGAAAUUCCAGGUGAAUUAGCAAGGUUGACAUUUCUUGCAAAGUAGAACCUUUCAAUGAAUAAUCUUGAGGGACAAAUACCACAGGCGGGUCAACUUUCCACAUUUGAUAAUGAAUCAUACAUGGGAAUGCAGAAUUGUGUGGAGUUCCAUUGACAAAAAAAUGUGAUAGGGAGAUUGAGUGGGAAAAUGAGGAAGUGGAAUCAGAUAGGGAGAUUGAGUGGGAUUAUGUAUUUGCUGCUGCUGCUGGAUAUGUUGUGGGCUUAGGAAGCUUUUCGUGGCUGCUUUUAUUUUGCCGAAGUUUCAGGUAUAAAUACUUCGAGAAAGUUGAGGAUGUUUUCGAGAAGAUCUUUGAGUGUUGCCAGCGUCGGAAGAAAAGAGAUAGACGAAGAAGAGUUGCAAGGAAUCAGGUGAGAAGACAGUGUUAGAAUGGUAAAUGUUAAUACUCCUUGGAACUAAACAUUUUCCUCUAUAUUCUAAAAGUUUUCUAUUUCCAAUACACAAUAGUGGUGAUUAGA